AUGGCUGCUCUUAUGGGACAUAGGAUAGCCAUCUGCAGUUAUCUGAAGGGCUGCAACAUAGAAGAAGACAUACACCCAGCUUCCAAGGGCCCAGGCAUGUCUCCAAAGGGCCCUGGCUGUCAAAUUCUGCUUUUCCUGCUCUUCAUACCAGCCGCCCUCCUGAUGCCACCCAGUGAAGGGACCUCCUACCAAGACUUCCUCAGGAGGCACCUGGACAACCCCAAGACUGAUUUCCAGGAUGACAGCACCUACUGCAACCUGAUGAUGCAGAGCCGGGGCCUGAGCUGUCAAACAAGCAACACGUUCAUCCACGCCAGCACACAGCAGCUGACCUCCAUCUGCAGCUCGAGAGGGAAGAUCCUCGAGGGGAACCAGAGCAGCAAGACGCUCUUCCCAAUCACCAUCUGCGCCCGGAAGAAGCGGCUUGCAGUGGUCCGCUGUAGGUACAAUGGGAAGAGCAAAAUCAGGAGGAUCCGGGUCACCUGUGAGAGGGGCCUACCUGUCCACUACAUCACACACUUGUAA